CCGCGCGCCCCCCCCUUUCCAUGGGGUGGGCCGAUCCGGGGACGGGAUCCGGGCCGGGUUUUUCGUGGCGCCAGGGACUGAGGCUGAGGCUGAGGCAGAGGCUGAGGCUGUGGCUGAGGCUGAGGCCGGGGCCGGGCUGGGGAGGGGAAAGAAGGGGAAGAGAGGGGGAGCCUGAGCCCCAGCCGCGGCCGCGGCGGGUGCAAGAGAUGCGGGAGGUGCGCGCAUUCAGCCCAGGAGCGGCCAGAGCCGGGGCCCUCAGGGUGCGCCCAGGGCCUGAAGGGGCUUGAGGGGGCUGGAGGGGAGGGGACAGAACCGGACAGGACCGCGCCUCCCCCCUCCCCGCAGCCCCAGCCCCUGCCCCCCAGCCCUGCUGCAGCUGCCGCUCGGAGCUCGCCUGGCCGGCCCGCGCACCGAACAAGGUGCCGCUGCCUGGACGCGCACAGCUGCGGCGGCGGCGACUGUGCGGGGGGGAGGGGGGGAGCCGACCCCCGUAUCCUCUCCUUCCCCCCCUACUCCCCCCCUCCCCUUCCCCCCCCCGCAGGAUGCCCGGCUGAGCUGCCGCCACAGCGCGGGCAGGGACAGGUGCGCGCCGAGCGCAGCGCAGGGCACGGCGCGGGGAGCCGCGCGCAGCCGCUCUCCGGGGACCGCGGGCAGCCGAGGACUGGACUCGACCCUCUCUUGCUUGGGUAGCAGAGCCACCUGCUCUGGGCCCCCAAGAGGUGGCGCUGCGGAGGGGUCCAGCACCUCUCUGGGUGGGACUCGCGACCCUACGGUGCCCCGGUCCCAGUACCUCGGAGCCCCCAGACCCGAGCUUCUUGGAAGUAUUUCAUAACCAACUCCUGUAGAGCUUGUCUGACCCACCAUCGUUCCCCCAAGGAGGAAAUGAAGCGAUCUCGAAGCAAAUUCAGGCCAUCGACACGCACGGGACAUGACCUAGAGUGAAGUCAGGAGACCGUCAGGCAUUCCCUGCUCACUGAUGUCCAGCUCUGGGUGCCCCCUUCCUGGCCACAGAACCAUGCCAGCGCCCAGCCUGCCACCUUUCCCGGUGCUCAGGACCCGGCCCCACCUUCUGCUCCAGAUCCUAACCUUGAUGCUGGGAACUGUCCAGGGCCUCUUCCCAGAAGAGCCUCAACCCCUCGCAGUGGCCCCCCGGGAUUACUUAAAGCAGUACCCAGUGUUCACAGGCAGUGGGCCAAGCCGCUUCCCCCCAGCCUCCAGUACCGAAGGGCUCAACAUUCAGCGCAUGCUUCGGGUCAACAGGACCCUGUUCAUCGGAGACAGGGAUAACCUGUACCGAGUAGAGCUGGAGCCACCCACGGCCAGUGAACUGCGCUACCAUCGGAAGCUGACCUGGCAAUCAAAUCCAAAUGACAUUAAUAUCUGUCGAAUGAAAGGGAAGCAGGAGGGCGAGUGCCGUAAUUUUGUGAAGGUGCUACUGGUCCGAGACGAUAACACCCUCUUCGUGUGUGGGUCCAAUGCUUUCAACCCCAUCUGUGCUAACUAUAGUAUGGAUACCCUAGAGCCUCUGGGAGACAACAUCAGUGGCAUGGCCCGGUGCCCCUAUGACCCUAAGCAUGCCAAUGUCGCCCUCUUCUCCGGCGGGAUGCUUUUCACAGCCACGGUCACUGACUUCCUGGCCAUCGACGCUGUCAUCUACCGAAGCCUGGGUGACAGCCCCACACUCCGCACAGUCAAACACGAUUCAAAGUGGUUCAAAGAGCCUUAUUUCAUCCAUGCCGUGGAAUGGGGGAGUCAUGUGUAUUUCUUUUUCCGAGAGAUUGCCAUGGAAUUCAACUACCUGGAGAAGGUUGUGGUGUCUCGUGUGGGCCGUGUAUGCAAGAAUGAUGUGGGUGGCUCCCCUCGAGUAUUGGAGAAGCAAUGGACGUCCUUUCUGAAAGCCCGACUCAACUGCUCUGUGCCUGGAGACUCCCACUUCUAUUUCAAUGUUCUCCAGGCAGCCACUAGCAUCCUCAAUUUAGGAGGGCGUCCUGUGAUCCUGGCUCUCUUUUCUACCCCCAGUAACAGUAUCCCUGGUUCCGCUGUCUGCGCCUUCGACAUGGGCCAGGUGGCAGCUGUCUUUGAGGGCCGUUUUCGAGAACAGAAGUCACCAGAGUCCAUCUGGACCCCAGUGCCUGAAGAGCUAGUACCCAAGCCCCGGCCUGGGCUCUGUGCAGCCCCUGGAAUGCCCUACAAUGCUUCCAGUGCCUUCCCUGAUGAGAUCCUCAACUUUGUCAAGACCCACCCCCUUAUGGACGAGGCCGUCCCUUCCCUGGGCCAUGCCCCCUGGAUUGUGCGCACCCUUGCCCGGCACCAGCUGACCCGGGUGGCCGUGGAUACCAGCGCAGGGCCCUGGGGGAACCAGACCGUUGUCUUCCUGGGUUCUGACACGGGCACCGUGCUCAAGUUCCUAAUCCGACCUGGUAGCAGCCCCCGAGGUCCCACUGAGCAGAGCGUCUUCCUGGAAGAGUUUGAGACCUACCGGCCCGACAGGUGCGGGCGUGGCCCUGAGGAGAGCCGGAGGCUGCUGAGCCUGGAGAUUGACCCCACGGCAGGGGCCCUGCUCGUAGCCUUCCCUCGCUGUGUAGUCCGUGUGCCAGUGGCCCGCUGUCAGCAGCACUCGGGCUGCAUGAAGAACUGCAUUGGCAGCCAGGACCCCUACUGUGGCUGGACACCGGAUGGUUCCUGCAUCUUCCUGGCCCCGGGCACCAGGGCUACCUUUGAUCAGGAUAUCUCUGGAGCCAGCACAUCUGGCUUAGGGGACUGUACCGGGCUCCUUCGGGAAAGCUUCAUGGAGGAGCGGGCUGGCCUCGUGUCCGUGAACCUGCUGGUGACUUCCUCGGUGGCUGCCUUUGUCAUCGGGGCCGUGGUCUCGGGCUUCAGCGUCUGCUGGUUCGUGGGGCACCGAGACCGGCGGGAGUUGGCUCGCCGCAAGGACAAGGAAGCCAUCCUGGCGCACGGAGGGGAGGGUCAGGUGGUGAGCGUGAGCCGCCUGGGCGAGCGGCGUGGGGGGGCGGGGCCACGGGCCGGGCCCCCGGAGACCUUGCUGGCCCCGCUCAUGCAGAACGGCUGGCCCCAGGCAGCCUUGCUGCAGGCUGGCCAACACGAACUCGCCUCGGGCCUCCUGCCCACUCCGGAGCAGACGCCGCUGCAGCAGAAGCGCUGCCCCAGCGGCCUGCAGCGGCGGGCCUGGGAGCAGAGCCCGGGCGUCCUGCACACCGCCCUCCGCGACCCCUCCGGAAACGCCCCGUCCCUCGGUGCUGCCUCUUCCUCUUCUUCCAUCAUUCUGCUUCACCCCGGCGGUGGCGGCCACGGGCCAGACCCGGAAGCGGGAGGCGACGUGCGUUUCCUGCCCUCGGCCAUGGUGGGGGGCCGGGACCAAGGGGGCAGCGGGGCUCCCUCCCAAGGCAGGCCGGGCCGGGCCUCGUACGUCGAGUUCCCCAUCACGCCCCACGCCAGCCCCGAUCGGCGGCGGGUAGUCUCCGCACCUACGGGCCACUUGGACCCGGCCACAGACAGCCUCUCCCGGCCCUGGAGCCCUCCCACGGGGAGCCUGACAAGGAGUGGCCACAGUGGCCACGCAGCCCCGGCCCUGCGACGCACCCACACUUUCAACAGCGGCAGCGGCGAGAGUCGCCCCGGAGAGCCUCACCAUGGCCGCCGCCCCCGCCCGCUCACAGACUUCGCCCGCUUACUCCCCUACGGGCCCGAGAGGACUGCACCCCCUGUGCAGUAAAGAGUCGGGGGACACAGCCCAUCAAUGCCCCCCAAAAUCGUCCUGGCCUCCACUUCCCUGGCGAGGGGACCCAGGCAGCGCCCGCCAGCUCGGGCACAGGAAGAAGCUGGCCGGGCAAAAAGAUGGCCCCCAGCCCUCAUUAAAGCGACAGCCAGCCCUGGUCCUCCUCCGAGCGGGGUGCUCAUGGGAAGUUAGGGUUCCUUCUCACACCGGCCCUCCGCGUCACCUCCAGGGAGCUACACAAGAAGCACAAGAGAGUUCAUCCCUUCCCUUGGGGGUCGGAAGAAGCUGUGCCGGUCUGGGUGAGAAGGAUUUGGAGUCAGAGGGUCUGGGUUCCGAUCCCAGCGCUGCCUCUGACUAGCUUUGUGACUGUGGGCAAGUCAUCUCACCUCUUUGGGCCUCUGGGCCCUGUAAAAUGAGGGACUAGUUGGACUAGAUGGUGUCUUCAGGUCCCUUCCAGCUCCAAGUCCUCUGAUCCCUAUGUUUGGAGGCUGGUCUAUAAUUUCUUAUCUGCCAUUCUCCUGAUUGGUUUUCUUUUCUUUCUCUUUUUUUAAUGAAUUGCACAAUCUCAGGCUCAGUGGGACAGGCCAAGGAAUUGCCCCCACGUGCAGGGGCCAUGGCCUGGGCAGAGCCUCCCCUCCCCUGCCCCCCUGGGUAUCUCUCCCUCCCCCCCUCAACGUCCCCCUCGGCCAGGGGUCCUACGAGUGGGGUGUGUGUGUGUGUGCGCGUGCGUGUGUGUAUGUGGGGGGGUUGGUGGGUCGGUAUAUGUGUGUGUGAGUGUGUGCAUGCCCGUGUCCAUUUUGGAGGAAGGGGACAGUGGGAGAGGGCGUGCCUGUCCGCGGGGGCUGCUGCUGGAAUGUUGGGGUCACGGAUCUGUCUCAGACAAAGGGGCAAAGAUCCAGACUGCUGGGACCCUUCUGGGGAGGUUUCUAGCAGGAGAUCCAGGCUCUACGUGGCUCGGAUGUGGCAGGGGAGCAGUUCUGAGGUGGGAUGCCACCCUGUCAGAGGAGAGGCGCUGUGUGUGCUGGCUCUGAGGCGAGCGUGGGCCUUCCUUUGUCCCAUGCCAGCCCAGCCCCCCCCUCAAUCCUUCACUCCAUGCUCCAGACGCUGCAGCCAUUGCUGCCUAAAGGGCUUGGGUUUGGUGUGGCUCAGGGGAGGGAGUCCUGGGGGGAGGGGAGGUCAGGGCAGUUGCCAUGUGCCCCUGUAAAUAGGGCCCCAGGGCAGGGAGAGGGUCCCCAACACCUCCCAUCCUCUCGUGACCUGUAACCUUCCACCUUUGACCUACAGGUCAUGCAUGCAACAGCUGUGCUCAGUAUUAACUCUGGAAAUUAGCCCUCUCCCCCCACCCCCAAAUAAAACUCUGUUUACAACA